GUUUGGACCGCCGAUUCGUAUUAGCAGGUGGAUACAUCAGUCGGUAGUACGCUCCUGAUUCGCAUUAGCGGUGAAUCCGAUCGUGAUACGUAUUUGCUUUGCUCAUGUAACCGCGGAUCGGAUCGCCAAUUCGUACUAGCAGGUGGCUACAUGAGUCGGUAAUGCGUUCCUAAUUCGAAUUAGCGGCUAAAUACGUAUUUACUGUGCUCAUGUAACCCCGAUAAGUGACACAGGCACAGAGAGGAAGAGACACGUGGGAGUAAAUUUGAAUUGAGGGAAAGAGUAGGCAUUGAUCUCUUUUUGGGAUAAGCGGGAUCACUGUAAUGAAGCUGUGGUAAAUUAAAGAACAUUGGUUAGAUCCUGCAUAUUUCUGUAAGACUGUUGUCACCAUCACCAUGGAUUUUAAAGUGCUGCCUGUGAAGUUCUCGGAGCAGAGUGAAGCGGUUCACUAUCUGUUCUACAAACAGCACACUGUGAGGUCCCCAGUGCCGGAGAAGCCAUCAGAUCGGACGCUGUUUGUUAUCAAUGUUCUACCAUAUAUGGAUGAGGCGAGCCUAAAGCGUCUGUUUCGCGACUGCGGCAAGGUGCGGCGCGUCUACAUCCACAAGAAGCCGACGCCGGGACUGCCGGAGGCCGACUCGUCCCGGUUCUUUCCCACCGUGGAACCCGUGGUGGGUUACAAGGUGGCCUAUUGUGUAUUCACCAAACCGGAAGGACUACAGAAGGCUCUGUCUUUGGACCUCAGCGCAGAGUCGGCGCCGAGGGUUCUCUCGACAGAGCAGCAUCCGCUGCAAGUGGGAGUAGUCAAAUGGCAGCAGGAGUACAACGACUCUGUUCUGGACGAGGAGGCGCUGAAAAAGGAGGUCGAUGAGUACAUGGCGGAGCACGACGCGCGCGUGGCAGAGGAGAUCCAGAAGGCCCGCGCGCAGGAGGGUCAGCCCGACUCGGACGGCUGGGUGCUGGUCACACGACACUCCAAGCGGCCCGUGGCGCGGCGUACCGAGGGACUCGACCAGAGGCUCAAGGAGAAGAUGAAGAAGAAGAGACAGCGGCAGCAGAUGGUGAACCUCUACAACUUCCAGCUGAAGGAUACCAAGAUGGAACAACUGGCGAAACUACGAGAAAAGUUCGAAGAGGAUAAACGCAAAAUCGCCAGCAUGCGGGUGCAGAGGAAAUUCAGACCUUAUUAGAUGUUCUCGGGUCUACGUUAUGUUUUGAAUACACAUGGAAUCGCAUCUA